CCGCACACUGCCUCUUCACAGACCUACCUGGUACCACCUCCGAAUGAUGGCAUGACUAUUUGCCUGAAAGGGAAGCCGGCCUCUCUGUUUAUCACGCCAAUCCGGAUUGCAGCGGUGAUAAUUUUGCUGAUAAUCAUCACUGUAAAGAUCUCACUACUUUUCCACAAACACGUUCUGGGACCAACCCCAAUGACUCCACACCCAGGACUCCUGUUAAAUCGAGCACAAUCUCAAACAAACUCACAGACACUCUUAAACCUCCUCCACGAAGAGUUGUUUGAAACGGCAAACACCACAAGCUGUGACAAUUUCAGAAAAUGCGCUGUCAAACGAAAAAAAGCGCUGGUUCAGGGCUGUUUACAGGAGGGACACGAUCGAUUCAGCGGACAAUUCAGUGGUCCACACAGCACUAGAUACUAUUACACAUACAACCUAGAAAGUUGCUCCGGUAACGAGGAAAACCUUCUUGACAGCCUCACAUUUGAGGUUCCCACGGUACAGAUUGUCAAUACAGAGAGCACAAACACCAGAAUUCUUCACAUGGACAAUCCCCUGUUCAGGCUUUAUGAGUACUAUCAGACCCUCCGGUCAGGUAUUGGGUAUUUGUACCUGGGGGAGGAGAUUGUCUACAAAUACAGGCAUUUCAACUUGUCAGAGGCCUGGAAGCUUCCGUACAUCUAUGAAGCAAGGUUGGGGCUUAUUUGGGAUAGCAGUGGUUCCAAAAACCCAUUUGGAAACCCUUUCGGGCCAACAUUUCUAGAGUUCAUGGUUUACUUGGCAGAUUUAAAUACCAUCAAGCCCAAAAAUAUAGCUCCAACAGUGCUGAACUGCCGUGCAUGCGAUACAGACUAUGACAUAAUUGUCCGAAAUCAGAACGAAUUGCGAUGUUUCGACAACUUAUUUCCUCCAGAAAGUUUAACAGACAAUCUGAGCCACGAGGCCAAGUCAGAGAUCUACCAAAGUUUUCACAAUCUACCUGAAUGGGUGUUAGCUCAUGUUUACGAGAUGUAUGCAUCUGACCUUAACACGUUUCAAUGUUAAAUGGAAAUGAUGUGUUAAUCAAAAGACUUGAAUUAAGGGGUGGAGGGAUCAGACAGUUGCAAUAGAGGGUCCAAGCCGGAUCAGUUGUGAUUUAUUUUUGUGUUUUGUUGUGAAUUGACACUUAUUCAUCUUAUCGUGUCGCAAGUCAGAUUUGGAGUUCUGCAUUCGAUAGUUGAACAUCAACAAUAUUUUACGUUUAGAUUACGCUUUUUUUCCUUAUGAAAAGUUAUUUUAAUAAUCAGAAGUGACGAGAAUGUAUGUCCACCUGCUUUAUAAACCCUUAUCAAUCUUUGGAGUAUAAUAUCGCAAUUCAGAUUUGUAGUUCGUUACUUUUUCCAUUAGAAAGUUG